AUUAUACCAAACACUGUUUCAAUAAUCCAGUCCCUUUUUACCUGACACUAGUUUUUCUUCAGUUAGCGUUUAAGCAAUCACUGACAGAAAAUGUUUCGCUUGUUAUUCUUACUAGCCUUGGCCAUUUUCUUGGUCGGUUCGUUCGGAACAUCACAAAACGACUCCUCUAAAGUAAGCCGUAUGUAGUUGAUUUGCGACAAUAACUAGUCUUGCGUUAUAUGCGAUCCCUUAAGUCCGUAACUUAAAGUUACCCCCUGAAGAUUUUUCGUGCCAUUCAGCCAGGUUGUUUAUAAUCUCCUUUAUUUUAUUGGACUAUCAUUAAUCAAACAGGCGAACAAAUCUCUCGGAAAAGAAAUCAACUGUAAAAGUGUAUCCCUAGUUGGAUGUGGAAGAGAUGGUAAGUAAAUCAUAGUCGUGAAAUAAGUUUCUGACUCAAAUUCAACAUUCAAUGUGAUGUUUGUGUCCCCUCACAGCUUUUUCUGCCAUUAUCCUUUUAAACGUUAAUCAGAGGCUCACUUGAUUUAUUUACCCGUAUUUAUUCGACUAUAAGCCGAUCUUGGCUAUAAGCCGAGACCCCAAACUUUGAACGUGUAGACUCGGCAUAACGAGAACCAAAAAUAAAUCGAAAACACCCGGCUAUAAGCCGAGACCCAUUCAUUAUUACAAGACUGAAUUGUUAACUACGGGAAAACCUAACAUUUUCGGAAAAAAAUCACAUUGAUUGUCAUAAAUGAGGCUUAGACGAUAACACAAACACGCGUAUACAAGAGAUGCAAUGGUGAUUUAUUAUGCAAAAAGCUUCCCUCUUAGAAAACACACGCGAAUUAAUAAAUAUUACCCGUAACUAACUAUUCAAUUGAAAAGCAAUGAAUCAUAACUCAGAUGAAUUAAUGUGAUCCAAAAAAUGAAUUUAAAACUAACUGUGUUGUUAAGCGGCAUCAACAGUAUCUAGACAUCCGUAGCGUCUAUCAAACAAUCUCGUGUUCGCAAUCGUUUAUUUCAAGUCAAGUUGUCAUCAUGCCCAAGGCUCGUCGCACGUCAUACAACCUCGCGCUUAAAUUUAAAAUAGUCGCCGAAGCAGAAGCUGUUGAAAAUACCUCUGAAAUCGCCAGAGAAUAUGGCAUCAGUGAGUCCAUGGUCCGUCGCUGGAGGAAAGAUCAAGCGAACCUUUUUAACGGCGAGAUUAAAUUGUCAGCGAAACGGAAGACGAUGGGAUGCUUCAUGCCGAAGUAUCCAGAGCGCGAUCAAAGAAUACUGGAAUGGUUUACAGAGGAGAGAAGCCAAGGUAAGUUUUUUGUCGAGCAUUGAUUUUGUAUUUUAAAACAACGGAAACAAGAUCACGAAAUAAAUCAAUCACCUGAUUGCAGAGUGAAUAUGAGUUGAAUGUGUGGGCGCUUUCCAUUUAGUCAAAAUUUCCGGAAUUUCCGGUUCGGCGGUAAAUGGAACACGUUUCGUCGGUUCGUCCCACUGGAAAAUUCCCAGAAAAAGUGGAAAAUCUAAAAAGGUGGUCCCGAUUUCCCGGUUGGAAUUUCCGAACGGAAUGUCGUGUUCCAUUUACGUUUCUUGUAGUUUGUACCAGUUCCAGGUCCACGGUCGGGCACCCAGCCACGUACCGGGGUUUACAACCAAAUGGAACAACUUUUUACCAAUCGGAAAUUCCACUUUUGCUACCACCGAAAUUUCCGGGUUUUUUUCGUAAAUGGAAAGCGCUCUGUGACUCUCAAAACUAUCGUAGUAUCAUGUGACAAUAUUGUGUAUGAAAGAUCCUCAUUGGCCAGUUUUCACAGAUGUCAAAACAAAUUCAAGACGUGUCAAAUUUUUAACCUUUCGAUCGUUUGGUAACCUUCUCACUUCGUUUUGCAUAGGAAUAGCUGUUAGCGGAUUGAUACUACGUCUAAAGGCAAAGGAAUUCAGCGAGGAUUCUGAGUUUAAAGCGUCCCUCGGCUGGUACCAGAAAUGGAAACGCCGCCAUUCCGUCAGCCUUCGCACCAAAACAACACUCGCUCAGCGUCUCCCAGAAGACUUGGAGCAGCAAACAGUCAAGUUCUUUCGAUUUGUAAUCACAUCCCGUCAGCGUCACGGUUACUCCCUAUCAAGAAUCUUUAUCUUUUCCGUGAAAACACAUUAAAUUUAUCAAACGUCUCCUUUAGGAGCCACCACAUUCUUAAAAGUUAAUAACCAACGAUUGCAUAUUGUGUUUCUUUACUUUAGCUCGGCUUAUACGUAAAUACAUCUCGAUUUAGUAGAGUUUCCAUGCGCCGGGAAAAAUUUUUUUUCAAAAAACUUUCGGCUAUAAGCCGAGACCCCCUCUAGAGCCCAAAUUUUAAUUCAAUUCAGUUUUGAUUUGUGUAAAAAUCGCUCGGCUUAUAGUCGAAUAAAUACGGGUAUUUCUCCCCAGGAAAAGAUGGGCAAAAUGGUAAGGCAAUUUAAGAGAGAUUUCGCUCUGUCGCGAGCAAUAAAUUUAUUCUUCACAACACAGUCUUUCUACAAUAUGACCGACUGCUUUUUCCACCUUUUUUCCUUUCCAGGAAAAGAUGGGCGGGAUGGAUUGAAUGGUAAUAUAUUUUCUUAUUUUCGGUAUUGUAUGUACACCACUGAAAAUGCACCGAGCCAUGAAAACAACGUGGCAUUCUCCUGACUACAUUAGCUUGGUGGCUGUAGAUGUCGUCAAACGAAUAAUAAUUAAAAACCCACAUAGGAUCAUAAAUUCGUAGUUUGCCGGCAUAAAUAUUUAGACCGAAUUUGUAUCUGAAGGAAAUGUGCAUCAUAAAUUUCAACGACUAUCUAGGAUGAAAACCUACGCCUGAGAUAGUUUUAUUUUUAUGGCGCAUUAUGAUUCUAGUUUAGAAAUAGUUUUAAGCAGUGCCAAAAUAUGAAAAGGACAAGUGUCAUUUGCUGCUGCCCAAAAAAAGACCCGACAGUAUAAGUAAGCUAUCCAUCGAUUCUACUUUUCUUCCUAUACAGGGAAAGAUGGACGUGAUGGAGUGAACGGUGAUGUAGUUACCUUAUUUUUAAUUGUUUUAACAUUAACAUGCACGGCGAGUCAUAAAAAUAACGUGGCAUUAACUGAAUUACAGGGCAGUUUGUGUAGAGUUCAUCAAAGAAAUAGUGAAAACACGGCUCAAUAAUUUUCAAUCAAAAAGGCAAACAAACAAACAAAAAUGAUGUAUUUUUAAAAAUACACCCAAUUAGAAAAUACGAAUUUAGCUCACAGAGAACUUAAUGGAAAAAAAAUUAACAUUCACUCGGUGUUUAACUUGUGUCUGGGAGCUUAGUUCAGGUCAGUAAUACUGAGAUGUAUUCAAAUUUUUUAUUUCACCCUGAGGGCCCUAAGAGUAAUCAGCAUGAAAUUUCUCCUUAUAAUAUCAAUGCUUCAGUUUAGAAAACAGAGCAGUCUUGAGAAUUGAGUACAUGAUCAGAAGGGAAGAUGAGUCUAAUUGAUAUUUCAACAAAUUCUCCCCAUUACUUCUAUUGAAAAAGUAAAGGGUCGGUAAAUGAGAAUCUUAAUUUUGAUAUUAGGGUUUAAAGGGAUAAUAUCACUGAAACAAGAUGCAUAACCUGGGAAGUUUAGAGAAGUAUUAAAGAAAAUUCAAAAACCCUUAGCAAGUUCAAUAGAACAAAACUGUGUCAUCAGAUUUCUCGCAAGAAAGCUCUGACAAGUAAUAUAAACGUUCUAUAUAUUAUGAUAAGAAAAUAGAGGACUUGACUGAGUGCGUUUACAAUCUAGAACUACGAUUAUUUCGUGGAAUAAACAUCGAGAUGUUCGGAAUUUUCCAGUAACCCGUAAGACGAUAAAAAACCAUAAUAAUAAACUCUAAGGCACAAGUGAAUGAAGAGGGUAGCUGAAUCAAACUUAAUGGAACAGAAACUUGGCUUUUAACUUAGUUCUUAGCUUGAUCGUUUCUUUUAUUGAUCCCUGGGUGCAAUCAAAGUGAGAAAAGAUAUAUCCUUGGGACAUAUUCUUUCCAUUGCUAAAUAAAUGCGAGGGAAGCUAAUUUGACAGCUUCGAGUCAAUAAGGGAGGGUGUUGCUUAGUGUGAGUGAUUAACAUGAGGUAAAUACAGCAGGAGGAUCAGAUUUUUUCAUCUGUAUAAUUGACUGCUGUAUUUUUUUCAUAGGCAAAGAUGGAAAAGAUGGACAAAAUGGCAAGUUUUAAAAACCAACAUAACCGUCCAUCUUUCUCUUUUUCUUCUUCUUCUUCUAAUAAUAAUAAUAAUAAUAAAUUUUCGAUUUUAUUUAAGUAUCCGAACAAUAAGUAAUAUUUACAAUAUUAAAUUAUAUUGUAUUGUUUACAAAUUAAAAACUAAAUAUAUGUCCACGAUAGAAAACUAUUUACAAUUGUGAAUAAUUUAAAAGUGGGAAAAGGAAAAUCAAGCAUUACUAAGAAAAUAACUAUCAAAAAUCUAGGCCUAAAAUUAUGAGUGAAGAUGUAGACCAGGUACAGCGAAAGUGAAGUCUUCUGAGACCUCACGUGAUUUGAAUGGAUAUCUAGAACCUCUGACGCAUCUGUGUACAGUUGUUAAUAUAGCAAAUGAGAGCUGUAUUCGAAGCUAAAAAAUAACGCUGGCGUAGGGUUCAUUGUUCUUAGUCGAAAGCUUAUUUGCGAGAGUUCUUAAAAGUUCUGACAGUCGAGUCCCAUGCCCCAGUUUGUUCCAAACACCAGUGGUGUAAAAGUUCCCAUCUCUACAUCCAUCACUCUCUGGUUGUAUUUCCUCCUCUUCUCGUUUUCUUACUCUUUGAAGAUCGUAGCUGUGUACUUGCCCUGGUUGGACCGGGAGUUAACAUGCGUUACACGUACGUCAAAGAAUGCCGUUACUCCAGGUGUCCAAAAACCUCCUGCCUUCAUAUCCAGCAUCGCUUCUCGAAUUGUAACAGUGGACUGAGGGUUGAAUACUUCAUUGUCGAGUGGUUGCGGGAGUGGCUCUGUCUUCACAUUUCUGCACACUUUACUGAUGUGUGAUGUCAGAAGAUCUCGGAUUGUAUCAUGUCUCUGGGCUACAAAACCUCCCUUCUUACAUAUCAACGCAUGGUUGACAGUCUCCACAAGCACAGUAACUAGGGAAAUUAGGCAAAGGGAGGUUGCAGCGAAGGCAAAGGGAGUCCCUAAACUCCUGCUUGUUCAAAGCCAGUCCGUGUUCUUCGAUUAGAAUAGCGUUCAGCCACGAGCUGGCUCUCUUGUCCCAUGUCUGCUGCACCGCUUGGAGUAGAUCAGGAGAUGAUAAUAAUAAUAAUAAUAAUAAUAAUAAUAAUAAUAAUAAUAAUAAUAAUAAUAAUACAUCUUUUUGUAAAGGUCGUUAUAAUUAUUAUUAUUAUUUCCCUUUUACGUUUAAAUGAAUUGCGUUAUAAGUGUUUAUUCUCUCUCACGUUUUUUGGAGUUGCAACGAAGCAUAUUGAUUCAGUCAUUUAAUGAGCUAAACACUUUUAACAUUUCAGUUAAAAUGUGAAAUGUUACAUUCAGUUUUUGACUUUAAACAACGGCAUUGAUAACCUCUGACUCUAACGAUUUUCUUGCAUUAAGGUUUGAGAAAUAAUCAACAAUUAUUGGACGAGGUUGAGCAAAACAUCGUGAUUUGUCUGUGGCGAGCAGGUCAAUUAUUUGCGAGACAUUGACAAAUCACGAUAUUUUGCGAUAAUCGAGUUCAAUAAUUGUUUUAUCAUUCCAUCACCGAGUUUGUUUUUUUAAUGAAUAUCCUCGGCCGGGAAGCGAAGCGAUCUGCCAUUUUCACGCUAGAGCGUUCGCAAGAAGGAGAAGAGCACGGCAUGUGCAGAAUAUUAUUUGCAGCCAAACACAGUUGAACGGCAUUGCGCAUGAGCAGACCAUUAUUUGUAGGCAGUUAUUUGCAGGUCACAUGGUGGGCUCUCGGCCAAUGAAAAGAAAGAAAAAUUUGCUUCGAAUGAUAAUGUGCUAAAAAUGUUGUUAUUUUUUCUUAAACAGGAAGAGAUGGCCGUGACGGACGAGAUGGAUCAAUUGGAGCAAAGGUUGGGAAUUUGUAAUUACGUUUUUUUUUUCUUUGGUGGUUUGUAAUGGUUUACAACAUUUUGUCAGAGCUUGUACUUUUUGUGCAAUACUCUCUCAGCUAGCGCUACAACAUCGUUAUCAUGAAGCAAAUAUUCAAUUGUUGGAACAAAGGCGUUGUUGAGGGAAUAACUGGUUUAAAACCCCCAAAUCCGUCGAACAGAAUUCAGUUGUAAUUACCAAAAUUUAUCUACAUGGUUAUAUUCUUGGUAUCGCACCGAUGUGUUCAGGUUAAACUUUUCACAAUGCAAGUCUCAAAGCGUUCUAAGGGGUAGAUUCUGAGAAACCUCUGAUCUUUUGAAGAUCAGUAGAACCCCGGUAACUCAAACUCUGAAGGGAAAACACUUCGAGUUAGCGGGGAAUUCGAGUAAUAGGGGUAAACUUCGGCGAAAUUUUGGUCAAGGGAAAGGAAAUUUAGUUCGAGUUAGCGGAGAAUUCGAGUUAUCCGAGUUCGAGCUAUAUUAUGAAAAGUCCCUUAUUGUUUAAAGUCUGAGCUUCGUAAAUUUGUAUUAUCUUAACCGAUUAGGGUAAAUGAACACCGAUUUUUGAAGCUUUUCUUAAGUAAAUGGUAACUAACGCUGGUCUUUAGAAACCUGUUAGGCUAGGAUUUGUCAGUUAGGCCAUUAAACACGUAUGGCCGGCGAAGGUGAGGGCAAUCAACCGCUUGAAAAAUACAAACCAUAGAACAAAGAAGAGGCAGGAAUGGGGAGGAGGAGGGCUGAUGAAAAAAUUUUUGUUUGUCAACGAGAUCAAGAACGCGACAUCCAUUAUACGACGAUCAAUGAAUACGACAUUACCUAAAGACGCCAUCUUGAAUUCAAAAUUCAAAUCAGUACCCUCGAUUCCAUGUUCCUAGCCUCUUUCCACAUUACUGUACUAAUAACCUAUGUGAGGCUAAAUUGUUGCAUAAAAUUUUAUUUGAAGACAAAUAAUGCAUUUAUGUUCAUUAGUGCCUCGAUUGAAAAAAGAAAUUAAAUUUUUUCCUUCCUUUAAUGAGGUUGCAUAUGUUGUGGUUCAAUUUUAACCUUGGUUUAAAAUUCUAUUUUGUUUUCUUUUUGGUUAUGGUAAUGCAUGAUAAUGAGUUUGAAACUAAAGAAACUACAAUUUCAUCCAAGGACAAAAUUGAACCACACCAUAUACAGUACUACAACGCAGGGAUUCAGACCGUUAAAGUCGCAAACUGAUGUGAUAAAACACCAUACAUCAUGUUGAAGCUGUAUUCUCUUCAAAUCGUAAAGCAGCUAUGUCGUCAUAUUUAUAGCAGAAUGACUAUAGCAUAUGUAGUAUUUAAUUGCUUGACCUGGUUUUAUUUAUAAUCCUUUUUUGUUCAGGGUGAAAAGGGAGAAACGGGGCUGCCUGGACAAGAUGGAAAGGUUGGUAUUAAGGUAAUGCAAGAUAAGAUAAAGCUCAUCCUCUCUUAGGUAAGGUGAAUAAUAUGAUUAGUUUAUUAUCAGUUUUCGGUAAUGGCUGAAUAAGAUAUUUCAAACAAUACACAAAUUAUUAGCGCGAUCCAGCCAAAUAGGCGGAGAAAUUAAAAUGUAAAAAAAAGCUAAUAGAUUGAUCGGAAAAGUCAAAUGAAAAUCUUGUUCCCCUUCCCACCCGUUUACAAUGUAUCCUUGAAAAGAAUUUCACAGUCCUCAUGACUUUUGGAGAAAGGUUUCCACCGAAUUAAAGUGGCGAGGCCAGGAAAAAAAAAAGACCGGAAGAAAGCAAAAGAAUUGAUUUAAUUAAACGGGGGAACAGAAUGUAAACUUCCUAGGAGGCCUUCAUAACUUUAUAAGCUCAAAAACGUUGCUUUUUGCACAUGAUUGUGAUCAGAAGCUACAAUUUAGAACCAGUGUUGUGCUGAACUUGUAAACAAAGUUUAAACAAAUUUUUUCAAAUUAAUUUACGAAGACUAUAUUACUUCCCUCAAGUAAUCUAAAUAAUGCGGCCUUUAUAUACGAUCUAAAGUGAAAUUGGUGCAACAUGUAUCGCUACAAGAAAAAUGAAACAACGAUGAGCUCUCGCUAAUAAACUGACUUUUCCAAAUGUGUUAUAUUGCUAAUUUUGGCCAUUUUGAUUCAGGGCGAGAAAGGAUCUCCUGGAGUCAAAGGGCCAAAAGGAGAAAAAGGUAUUCCAGGAUCUUGUGAUGCUAAGGUAAGGUUAGUACAGUCAACUGGCACUGGUUAAUCUUUCCUUCAGAUCUGUUCAAAGUUUUAAGUCCAUUUUUCUCGCUAUUUUGGCAAUAAUUUGAUAUCUUACCAAAAUAUUUUUUUGAUAAAUUUGUCGAUCUUUAAAUGUUCGUGAUAUGAUAUUCCGUACUUGAAAUUUAGAAUUUUUGUUUUUUCUACAGUUAGCGCUAGAUUUAUGGUAGGUUAUCACUCCUGUCUCCAAGAAGUUGAAAAACUCAUGUGGAAGAGAGAAAAAAAAUCUUUUGUUUACCCUUACUAGUACAAUAGAGUAAUUUGGUGGGUGUAAGUAUAACUUGCCUCGUUUCGUGACAUUACUUAUCAAAAUUAUGAAAAAAAAAGAAAGAAAAAACGAAAUCGUCGUCUUACACAUUGAUUAAAGAACUGUAACUUCCCCUAUUUUGGGUGCCUUUCCCUUAUGCCGUUUGUUUGCCGUUUGCAAAGAACUGGGAUAAACCUGGCUGAGCCGCUGAAUACGCAACUUGCACAUUCUCCUCCCAUAAUGCACCUUAUUUGCCCCUCAAAAUGUUGCAUAAGCAUUGCUUUUUCAAUUUCUCUUUGGACGGCUGUAAUACCCAGGAAAAUUGAAAAACAAAAGUCAUGCAAAAUUUUGGGGGGCAUUAGGGGAGAUGUGCAAGUGGCGUAUGUUAGGAACCCCCAACCUUGUUUCCAGGGCUUUUUUCAGGAAAAAGCCACGAAGAUGAAGUUGAACCAAAUCCCCAACGGCUUAAACUUUGUGUCAUGCUUUCCUCUUUUUUAAUAUUUUGUUUUUGUUCUGAAUUCCAGAGCUUAUCGUCGAUUAAAUCAGCCUUUUGUUCAGCCGGUAAGAAAAUUUCAUGAUAUGAAAUAUCGUUUAAUUUAUGUACAUGUUGUACUGGCUGUAUAUGAUGAACAUUGUAGGAAAUUACACAGGCCUUUAUAAUUGGGCCUGAUCUCAUGUCAACUUGUUCCUUGCAAUCACAUAGGCUUUCCAGCUCGAUAAUUCACUUUAAAAUGUUGAUAAAUUUAACAUAUUCUGUCUGUUGUGUUUCCAAUUUGGCGAAGAUUGCUCCACUGGUUUCCACUUUUUCGAGAAAUUUCAAGAUCUUCCAACCCGAGGAGCAGUAGCCGUGGAACAUUUCACCAUUAACGGAAGUCUGUUUCUUGCUUUCGCCAACUUCAACGGUGACAUUAAGAAAACAAAGGCAAGCUCCAUGAUCUACAAGAUAGACGAGUCAACUGGAAGUUUCUCUUUGUACCAGACCCUACAAACUAGAGGGGCAUAUCACCUCGAGUACUUUUCAAUCGGUAACAAACACUUUCUUGCCUUUGCUAAUUAUUACGACGGAACUCACCAGUUGGACUCUACAAUCUAUCAGUGGAAUGGUAAGCUGUUUGAUACCUUUCAAAAAGUAUCAACAAACGGAGCAACCCACUUCACGUACUUCAAGAUGCAUGAGGAACAUUAUCUCGCAGUAGCCAACCACUAUGACGGAAGUGCCUUGUCUACAAACUCAGUAAUUUACAAAUGGAGUAGCGGCAAGUUUAACAAAUUUCAAGACAUACCAACUGAAGGUGCCAUGGGUUGCACGGCGUUUGUGAUAAACAACGACACUUUCAUUUCUUUUGCAAACUAUUACAACUCUCGACACAAGCAUUCUGUUCAGUCUACUGUGUUCAAAUGGUCAGGAAAACACUUUGCCAAAUUCCAGUCUCUUCAAACGUUUGGAACGUUCGAUGUCAAGUAUUUCAACAUCAACGGACACACGUUCCUCGCCUUUGCAAACUUUUACUCUGGAAGUAAACACAACAUCGACUCCUUCUUUUACAAGUGGAAUGGCAACAAGUUCGUCCUGUUCCAGUCCAUUCCUACUCGUGGGGCCAUCGCCUGGUAUCCAUUUGUGAUCGGUACUCACACGUACCUGGGUUUGUCUAACCACAAAGAUGACAGUCAGGGAUAUGUCACUAAAUCAGUUGUGUACCAGGCCUCUGGAGCUAAUUUUGUUAAGUACCAAGAGAUUCUAACCACUGGGGCACAUUAUAUGACGUCAUUUGAGUACGAAGGUCAUACUUACUUGGUAGUGGCAAACCAUAAAAACGGUCAAAAGUACAACUUAAACAGCGCCCUGUACAAAUGGGUGUAGAGCGUUAUGUUUUAAUCCAAGCAUACAGCAAAUUUGUAAACAGUAAAAGAAUAAUAGUUUGUUUCAUGAUCUAUUUUGUAAGCAAUAAGUACCUUGAUAACUUAGAGCAUUAAUCUAUAGAAUAGGCGUAACUUUUAAUACUUUUUCCAUUCGAUCAUUGACUUGGAGAAGGAUAGCAAUUAUUUCUUGUUGAGUUUUGGUCUGGUUUGGUCUAGUUCAUCAAUAUCUCAAACUAAUUUACAGCUAUUAGCUGAAAACAAGGAUUUUUGGUAGUAAUCAUUGUGGGUUUAGAUACGCUUGAAAAAAGUUAAUAAAUAAAAUCUUUGGUAAAUAAAUUUUUGCUUGGAACGGUGAAUUGUGUGC